CGGUCGUGAAUUCGCGAAUUGGCAAAUCAUCCUGGGGAGACAAUGUCCAACCACAAGCACAAGAAUCUUCCACGCGAGCACAAUGUCGACCCUCACUCUUGCUGCCCAUCCGCAGCACAAUGAAUACCUCUCCAAGAGUCUCGGUGCGGCACGGCUGGGCUGGGGCUCGCGACCGGCACUUCUUCUUAUCGACGUCUGCGCAGCAUAUUGGAAACAAGGGUCUCCGCUGGACAUCUCUCACAACCCAGAAGGGGCAGCCAGUCCUGACUCUAUGCGACGCUUGCUGGGUGCUGCACAAGCCAACAACGUGCCAGUCGCCUGGGCACAGGUGCGAUAUAACCACCCACAGCUCCUUGACGGUGGCGUCCAAGCCAAAAAGACAAAGACGAUACGGGCCUGGCAGGACGGCGACGAGAGGGGCCUGGAUGCUCUCGUGCCUGGCCUGGAACCCGGCGAGCAUGAGACCCUCGUGCUCAAGCGCAACCCGUCGGCGUUUUUUGGCACCACACUAGCCACGGAGCUGAUGCUUCAGGGCGUCGACACGGUGGUGAUUUGUGGUGUGAGCACGAGCGGAUGCGUUCGGGCAACAGCGGUCGACGCCAUGUGUCAUGGAUUCCGGCCCAUGAUCGUGCACGAAGCCUGUGGGGAUAGAUCAUUGCUCAUCCAGCAGCAGAAUUUGUUUGACGUCGACUCGUUCUUUGGUGACGUCAUUAGCGAGACAGAGGCACUCGAUAGAUUCUCGCACGCGCAGUGCAAUUGAAUUCAGUGGUAUCAAAUGAUCAGAGUCAUGAAAACUGUACACUACAUCGAUCAACAAAGCUUGAGAGCAGUGCCUAGGUGCUCAAAGGCGGAUUUUCUGAUGGGCUGCUUACCUUAGGUAGGCAAUGGGGCCAAUAAGAUAAUGCUGAUUUGACUGUGCCGCCGCUGCCGUCGGGUCGAGAGAGGCAGAGCCGCCUG